CAGGAAUUCAUCCAUUUGAAGAGUUAGACGUCGGAUAGAUUACUUCAAAAAAUUCAAGAAAUUGAACUGAGCUUCAGUUUUUCGAUCAUGCUAAGAAGAAGUGAACGUUUGAGAAACAACGGAUACUAUGAUAUGGAUGGACAACCUGUUAUUUCAUACAGGGAGACGCCAAUCAGGGCCAUAAGGAGGCGCUUAACAGGUCGUCCUGCAAACCACCCUGCAGUCACAUUUAGACAGAGGUCACAUUAUUCUGGUGACAAUGUGAUUGACAGAGAAAGACAGAUGAUGAUGACUCUGUUGCAGGGUGGUUUUGAUAUAUCAGUCUUUGUCUUUCUCAUCUUUGUCACUUUUGGAUGUAUUUGCUGUAUUAUUUCAUUCCACUCACGAUCUUCAGAGUUGUCUCUCACAACUCUAACAGACAUGGUUACGAUCUUUGGACGCAAGGAUCAAAGACAUCUCUCCAACCUGGAGCUCUUGGAGCAGAAGGUUGACUACCUUCUGCCACAAGCAGACCUGUGGCCCAACUUUGCUCUGGAGUCUCAAGGAGCAAAUAUUUUACACAAGAUGACCUCAGAGGCUUAUGACAUCAAUAAAGAAGUUGGAAGGUUUGGGAAAUUGUUCAAGAGACCUCCUAUUGGCCCAGGCAUUGUUAUUAAGGGAAAAAAUCGUCUGCAACCUGGAAAAUGCUGGGCCUUUCCAGGUUUCCAGGGACGUUUGGGCGUCUCACUUUCACACCCAGCCACCAUCAGACAUGUGUCCCUGGGUCACAUUGCUAAGACUGUGUCCCCAACGUCCUCUGUCUCUAGUGCUCCCAAAGAAUUUUCUGUAUAUGGAGCAAAGAAUUUAGAAGAUGAGGAAACUCAUUUGGGAACUUUCCAAUACGAUGAAGAUGGAGACCAAAUACAGACCUUCAAACUUCCUGCCGAUAAAGUUGGUUCCUUCCGUCAUGUGACUCUAAAGGUGAACAGCAACUGGGGUCAUCCGGACUACACCUGCCUCUAUAACUUUAGAGUGCAUGGAGAACUUGCAAAAUGACGAGGAGAAAUG